UCUACCAGGCAUGAUAGAUGCCAUCAAGGGAACUUUGAAGAUCAUUGAUGAAGUCAAGGUCAGCGUUUCAGCUUAUGACACGGCAUGGGUCGCCCUUGUGAAGAACCAAGCAGAGGGAGGCGAUGGCCCCCAAUUCCCCUCAUCCAUCGAUUGGAUUGCUCAGAAUCAGCUGGCAGACGGAUCAUGGGGUGACAAAACAUUCUUCUUGAUCCAUGAUCGGAUCAUCAACACCCUAGCAUGCAUCAUUGCACUUAAAUCAUGGAACGUUCAUGACGACAAGUACAAUAAAGGUCGAUCAUUCAUCUGUGAAAAUCUAUGGAGGUUAAACGAGGAUGACGAGGACUGGAUGCUAGUUGGCUUCGAGAUAACCCUCCUCACAUUGCUAGAGAAGGCCAAGGACUUGGGCCAUGACUUGCCAUAUGACGAGCCCGCCUUGCAAGCGAUAUAUGCCAAAAGAGAUCUAAAGCUUGCCAAGAUCCCUAAAGAUAUACUGUAUGCCGUCCCGACGACAUUACUUCUUAGUAUUGAAGGAAUGCCGAGCUUGGACUGGAAAAGGCUACUUAGGCUGCAGUGUGCAGAUGGUUCAUUUAUGUCAUCCCCUGCUCCCACAGCGUAUGCUCUCAUGGAAACUGGUGACGAGAAGUGCCUUGAAUUCCUUGAUAGAGUUGUCAAAAAGUUCAAUGGAGGAGUACCCUUUACCUAUCCCCUCGAUAUCUUUGAGCGGUUAUGGGUAGUUGAUCGGUUGGAGCGCCUAGGCAUUUCAAGGUACUUUACAGGUGAAAUCCAGGAGUGCUUAGAUUAUGUCCAUAGGCAAUGGACUCGAGAGGGCUUAGGUUCGACCCGGGACUUCGUGCUCAGUGACAUCGAUGACACAGCCAUGGGUCUUCGUCUCCUCCGGUUGCAUGGCUACCAUGUCAAUCCAUGUGUAUUGGAGCAUUUCAAGAAGGACGGCGAGUUCGUGUGCUAUCCAAUGCAGUCGAAGCAGUCUGUGACGGCAAUGUACAACCUGUACCGUGCCUCUCAGGUAGCCUUUCCCGGGGAAAAAAUCCUCGAGCAGGCCAGCGCCUACUGCCGAUCCUUCUUGGAUGAGAGGCGAGCCUCUGGCAGGCUCGACCAAGACAAAUGGGUGAUUGCCAAGGACCUGCCUGGCGAGGUCGGCUACAGCCUCGACUUCCCCUGGACAGCAAGCCUGCCACGCGUCGAAACAAGGACGUAUCUAGAGCAAUACGGUGGCAGUCACGACGUGUGGAUUGGGAAGGUUCUCUACAGGAUGCCACUGUUCAGCAACGACGUCUUCCUCGAGGCAGCAAAACAAGAUUUCCGGAAUUUUCAGAGGCUAUGCAAACUGGAGUGGCAUGCCCUUGCCAAGUGGUAUCACAGCAGCAACUUGGAAUCGUACGGUGUGGCUCGAGGCAGCGCGCUGAGGGCCUACUUCUUAGCUGCAGCCAACGUGUUCGAGCCCAGCCAGGCCGACGAGCGCCUCGCGUGGGCGCGCACGGCGAUGCUUGCCGAUGCUGUCUCAGGGUACCUCCUGCAAUGCGACGCUUGUACUGCUACUGAAAGCAGGAGGGAAGGGCUCAUCAGUAGACUGGAGCGCAAUGGGGACCAAGUGGAGGGUCCGAUGACAGAGACAGACAAGGUCCUCUUGCGUGCGAUUCGUGAGCUCAUCGAUCUCGAUGCUUCUCAUGGUCUUCGUGAAGUUUGGGUGCAGUGGCUCAGGUCAUGGAGCCAUGACCCGGUGGCAGUCGGAGGAAACACUGCGUUGCUGUUAGUUCGUGCCAUGGAGUGUUGUUCAGGAAGGUACAUCAGUGUGGCCGACAGGAACGUGAACCAUCUGGAUGAGUACUCCCAGCUCGAGCAGCUCACCCAUUCCAUCUGCUGCAAACUGACGUCUAGGGUUCUUGCUCAGAAUGGAGAAGACAAUAACAAGGAAGCUGCUGAUAGUAGCUUGGAUCAGCAGGCCGUGGAGCUGGAGAUGCAGGAGCUGGCUCGGUGUGUUCUUCAGAGCUGCAAAUCCAUCGACAGAGCCGCCAGGCAGGCAUUUCUCCAUGUGGCCAAGACCUACUACUACGUCGCUCAUUGCUCAAAUGAAACAAUUGACACUCACAUCUCCAAGGUUAUAUUUGAGGAUGUCGUCUAGCAAAAGCCACCCUGUCGUCGUCGUUUCUGCUAAUCAGGAGGCCUUACUUAUCAUGAAUCACCCCUGCAAAUUUCUUAUUCAUCUCAGCUGAUGAAGACAACAGAGUAUA